CUUCUCUCCCAGUCACUCAGGCUGGACUCAGCACCAAUCACCCCGUCCCCGGAGAGAGUAUUGAGUGUCCCUAACUGCUGCGGAGUUCCGCCCGGGCCUUCGCCUACGUCAUCUCCCUGCGCCCAUGUUCCAGCCAGACCCCAGGGCCCCCUUUUUGGCGCGAGCUCCACCCUAGCGCCCACGCGGUAACCGUUUUAUUUUCCGUGCAAGCCCAGAGUAGCGACGCUUGGCGCCUUGGAAGCUCGUCAGUCAUUCCUGCGAGACGCAGCUUGGUUGGCGUUUAGGACAGGACGUAAAGCUGGCAAAUGGAGAUGGCAGAGGAAGAUAAUAGUGGGGAAGAAUACCCAAAUGAAAUUCAUGAUUAUCUGUCAGCAUUUGAAAAGUCUCUUGGUUCUGUAGAUGACAUGCUGAAGACAAUGAUGUCUGUUUCUAGGAGUGAGCUUCUUGAAAAGUUGGACCCUCUUGAGCAAGCAAAAUUGGAUUUGGUUUCUGCAUACACGUUAAAUUCGAUGUUUUGGGUAUACCUGGCCACUCAAGGAAUCAAUCCCAAGGACCAUCCAGUGAAACAAGAACUGGAGAGAAUAAGAACGUACAUGAACAGAGUUAAAGAAAUAACUGACAAGAAAAUGGCGUCCAAACUGGAUAAAGGAGCUGCAGCAAGAUUUGUAAGGAACGCAUUAUGGGAACCAAAACCUGAAACUAAUCCUAAAGUGAAAGCUUCUGCUAAGGCAAAGAAGAAAAAAACAAACUAGCUUUUAUUUUCCUUGUGGUUGUAUUUUUGUUUAUCAAGUAGGGAGAUAACUAGAAAAUUAUUCUUUAAAUUGUGUUUUGUAUAUAUUUUUGCAUUACAUAAAUGAAGUAAAACAACAAUUCAGUGACUAUAUCUUUAGCAGAGAUCUAAACUGUAGGGUCAUGUUGCACAGCUUCUACUGAGAUCACACCCUUAUAUACACACGUAUAUCUGAAAGUGAAAGUUGGUCCUUGAAGAUUAGCUUUAAAGCUUGGCUCUUUAAAUGGGAACGAACUAAUCAUUUUUGCCAACUCUUUGUAAUAAUAUGCUAUUUCAUGAUUUGCUUCUAAUUCUCUAAUUAUUUUUUGGGGUAAUUCUGGCUGGUUGGAACUGUAUUUGCUUAGUUAUUGCUAAAUUCAAUCUCUGAACAUUCAGACAGUCACAAGCGAUGGACAUCUAGUCUGUGUGAAUUGUUUACGUAGGAGCCACUGGUUUUCAAGUACAUCUGUGUAUGUAAUGCUAAAUUUGUAGAGCAUACUAUCUUUUGUACUGCUUGUAUUAAAUAUACAUGAUGCCUCUCUUUUUUUCAGUCUCUCAACUUGAAUUAAGAGCUGUUCGUGGUCUUUAAUGUUUCCAUGGCCUUUAAGUAUGGAUAAGAGCUUAGUGCUGGCAUUGCGAGAUGGACAGUUUAGCAGGGAUUUGCUCUGGGAGUGGUGUGUUUUUGCUGUUCCCUUUGAUACUGAGUCUGGAAAGUAUUCUCUAGUAGGGUAAAAAGUAUUGAAAUACUGGGCAAAUACCUGCUUUAUAUAUAAUCAAUUUGUACUCAUUCAAGGUGUGUAUGCAUUCUUAAUCUGUUGGGAAUUUGUUAAGGAGAACCUGUUAGUUCAUUUUCAGUACACUGCAAGCUCACAAAUUAAUAAUACAAAUUUGGGGUUUUUUUGGUAGAGGAGUCUGCUGUUGGUGGAGAAAAUCUGCUAUGUUGAGGGUGGCGAGUAAAUGUCUGUGAUCAGGGCUGCCUGGAGGGGGGCAAGUGAGGCAAUUUGCCCCAGGCCCUGCAGGGGCCACCAUGAGAGUUUUUCGGGGCCCCUGGAGCAGGGUCCUUCACUCGCUCCAGGGGCCCCAGAAAACUCUCGUGGGGCCUGGGCCCCUGGAGCUUCUUCCGCUCUGGGUUGUCGUCGGCAAUUCGGCAGCGGAGGAUCCUUCUGCUCCGGGACCCACCGCCGAAGUGCCCUGAAGACCCGCAGCGGGGGGUCCUUCUGCCCUGGAACCCGCUGCCGAAGACCCCAGGCCCCUUAAUCCUCUGGACGGCCCUGCCUGUGAUUAGGCAUGUUCUGAUUUGAAAGGUGGAAGUGCUGGCGUUAGUGAUGGGAUGAAUAUAAGUGAAGUGUCACCAGCUGCUUGCAAAUAGAGAACCCAGUAUCAGACUUACUGGGUUAAAUUUACUGUUGCCCUGCAUCUUGUAUAAUUAAGACCUCAAUCUUGCAAUUUACAAUGUACAGGCAUUAGGGGCAUUCCUGCACAGAGUCCACUGAUUUAAGUGGGGGCUUCUUGGGCAUAUGGGAGUCUGCCCUUAUAUUGUAAAUUGCAGGAUUGGGGCCUCAAACUGGGGCAAAGUGAGUGUAAAAUGCUAUCGAAUCAGAGUGGGUAGCAUUUUACACUCGCUUUUUACCAGUGUAAAAUGACAGUGCAAGGUACAGUGCAGUGGUGAAUUGGGCUCACUGAACCAAUCCUAACAACUGGAGAUUCACCUGUAAUUUGCAUUAGGUCUUUCAGCUGUUAAUGUGAAUGAGCAGGAUUCUUCUGAAUUGUUAAUUUGGAGUAGAGAUGCGUUGAAUUUCUCUGUUACACAUACUUGAAAGCUAUUGGAUAUGAUAUGGAAAGUUAUUGUUCACAUAGUUAUUCUGAAGAAUUGCACCACCAUGUACUUGCAUAUAGUCUAGACUGAGUAGCAUGAGGUGCUGUAACUGAAGCUAUAUCACCAUUGACCAUUCGGAAAUGUAUUUUUAAAGAGAAAUGUUUUGAUAAACUGCCAAGUUGUGUUUAUUAAGCACAAAUGUUAAUAGUUUUGUAUUUUUAGAAAAUGGCUCUGUGAACGUUAUGAUGGAGAAUAAACAAGCCUAAGCUAAUAUGUAAA